AUGACGGCUUCAUCCCUUGAAGAUAACUUACUGCUCGAAUGCUACAGCGACCCUGAAUUAAGAAGGUGGACACACUUGGCUAAUGCGAGAGUUUGGAAGGGCCUUCUCACACUGGACCAGUAUGUCGAAAGAGAGCAAGUGUUGGGGUCUUCGGAGAUUUCUCAGAAAGACAAAUCAGACGAGACAAUAUCAAGAUUCCCAAAAAGUUAUCAAUGGCUUGGGCAAAAGUACUUUGUUUUGAAGGAUACAUCUUUGCCCGACAACGGGAAGUUUAGUCAAGUUGUUUCCAGUUGCGAAACAUUGAACAGAAUCGGGUAUUGUAUUCACCCAGGGUCGAACGGAAAGAUUGAACCAGCUUUAAUUGUAUGCAUUGGAGGUGUUUUCACCUUUGAAAACCACCGCGGCAAAGGCUAUGCUAAGAGCAUGAUUACCAAACUGAACGAAUUCUAUGAUAAUAUACGUAAUGAAGCUGGGGGUGUAUUGGAAUUGAAAAACUUACUUAUCAAUCUUUAUAGCGAAGUGGGAGAUUAUUAUUCCCCAUUAGGGUACAAAAGUAUGCAUGUUCCACUGCACCACCUUACCAAAUUAAACGAAAUUACUGAAUACUAUUGCCAAGGAGGGUCUGAUGCAAACGGCAAGUAUUUGGGAUUUGAUGAUUACGAAGACUUAGUGAAAUUACACGAAGGACAGUUCAAUAAAAGUCUAAUGAAAUUACAUAAGAAUAAUCCAGAGAAGUUCAUUUUCACUAUUGCACCAGAUAUAGACAUAUUCAAGUGGUUCCAGUAUCGUGACCUUUUCAUCAUGAAAAGAUCGGGAAGGGAAUCUCAAGAAAAGCUGUCCUUCGGAUUUGCAUUGAGUGAUAACAGCCACAUCAUAUGGCAUCACAAUUGGAAUGGCAAUUCUUUGAUUAUCGUCAGAAUCUACAUACCUGAAGAAACCAUUCAGAGAAAAGAAGCGAAACUUAAACAGUUGCUGAGCCAAGCCAUAAAAGAAACACAAGAUCGAGGGAUGCAUGCGGUAGAAUUCUGGGAUAGUGAAAUUCCUGUCAAACAGUAUCCACAAUUAUUCCAAUUACUGACCGAACUGGAAGACGAUUCUAAACUCUUUUCGGAUAACGGCUCCAUCAGUGCUGUCAGACCUCCUAAGGGUUAUACCGCCGACAAGGUUAUUUGGGAUAAUAAUACCAAAUUCUGUUGGUUUUAA